AUGACUCAACAUAAGGUGGCUUAUUUUUAUAAUGCAGACGUAGGGAAUUUCCACUAUGGUCCUGGACAUCCUAUGAAGCCCCAUCGAUUGUCUGUGACACACAGCUUGGUACUGAACUAUGGGCUUCAUAAAAAAAUGCAGAUAUACAAACCGUACCGAGCAAGCGCUCACGACAUGUGUCGUUUCCACAGCGAGGAUUACAUAGAAUUUUUACAAAGUGUCACCCCACAGAAUAUUCAAAGCUAUUCCAAAGAUUUGCUGCACUACAAUGUCGGUGAUGACUGUCCGGUGUUUGAAGGACUUUUUGACUUCUGUUCAAUGUACACGGGUGCGUCAUUGGAAGGGGCUAUGAAGCUAAACAACAAUGCUUGUGAUAUUGCUAUCAACUGGUCUGGUGGACUGCAUCAUGCUAAGAAAUUUGAACCUUCAGGCUUCUGCUACGUGAACGACAUAGUAAUCGCCAUAUUAGAACUCCUGAAGUACAAUCCACGAGUCCUGUACAUCGAUAUUGAUGUUCAUCACGGCGAUGGCGUACAGGAGGCUUUCUACCUUACAGACAGGGUCAUGACCGUUAGCUUCCACAAGUAUGGAAACUAUUUCUUCCCGGGAACUGGUGAUAUGUACGAGAUUGGAUCAGAGAGUGGUAGAUACUACUCUGUGAAUGUCCCUCUUAAGGAAGGGAUUGAUGAUCAAAGUUAUGUGCAGGUGUUUAAGCCAGUGAUAUCGAACGUGAUGGAGUUCUACCGGCCAACAGCCAUCGUACUGCAAUGCGGCGCUGACUCGCUGGCAGGGGACCGUCUCGGUUGCUUCUCCCUGUCCACCAGGGGGCACGGAGAGUGUGUCAAGUUUGUCAAGAACCUGAACGUGCCUACAUUAGUGGUAGGAGGUGGAGGUUACACACUACGAAACGUAGCUCGCUGCUGGACGUACGAGACAUCCCUGUUGGUGGAUGAGUACAUCUCCAAUGAGCUACCCUACACGGAAUACUUGGAGUUCUUUGCUCCUGACUUCCAACUGCACCCAGAGAUCAACAGUACGAACAACGCAAAUAGCAAGCAGUACUUGGAUGCGAUCACUAAGCACGUUUACGACAACCUCAAGAUGUGCCAGCACUCACCGGCUGUGCAGAUGUCGCACGUACCAGGCGACUUCUUCCCUGAUGAAUACAGAAUCAAAGAAGAACCAGACCCAGAUGUUCGUAUCAGUCAAGAAGAGACUGAUAAGAUGGUAGAACCCAAAAAUGAGUUCUUUGAAGAUGAGAGAGAUAACGACAAGGAACCAGAGACUGAUUUCAUGGCAUAG